AUGAGAAACGUGUCGACAGAUUGGUCUCAAUUCCCGGGCAUUCCCUAUGCCUUUGACUUCGAGGCCAACUUCGCGCGUGACUUCCAUCGGCAAUGGCUUUACCACAACUGGUGGGUCUCCCUCUACGUGUGCGUCCUAUACGUGACCGUCGUAUUAGUCGGACAACACGUGAUGUCCAAAAAGGCCAAACCAUUUGGGUUGAGAUCAUUGCUGUUCUGUUGGAACACCUUUUUAGCCAUCUUCUCAAUUCUGGGGACAAUCCGAUGUCUGCCAGAGUUUGUGUCCGUCAUCAAGACAUCGGGUCUGGAGUCGUCGUACUGUGUGAGCUCCUACUACUAUGACGUGCGGCUCACCUUCUGGUACUGGGUGUUCGUGUGGUCCAAAGUGGUUGAGUUGGGCGACACUGUCUUCAUAAUAGUGCGCAAACAGAAACUCAUUCCUCUUCAUUGGAUACAUCACGUGCUCACCCUAUCCUAUGCCUUCUUCGUGAUCGGUGAGGCGCCUGCCAGUGCCCGAUGGAUGGUUAACAUGAACUUCACCAUCCACUCAGUCAUGUACACCUACUAUGCACUGAAAGCCAUACGAGUGCCCGUUUCCCGAAGCCUGGCGAUGGCCAUCACCACCGCACAGAUACUUCAGAUGAUGUUCGGGCUCUACAUUAACUUCUAUGCCUUUUACCAGAAAUGGUUGGGACACAAGUGCGACACAUCGAUG